GCCUAAAACCCUAUUUUAUUAGCACAGAAAAGAAAAUUAAAAAAAAAAAAAAAAACAAAUUUACCAAAGGAAAAUUCCACCGAUCUGUCUGCUUGGAGAUCAGCAGAGAAAGAGAGGGAAACCCACAUUAAUUUCUUGUAAGUUUUCAUAUAGCUUCCUCUUGUUGGGGGGAGUCGAAACCGGAGUGGAUUACAAUAUGAAGAAUAUGGAGCGUCUCGCGAAUGUUGCUUUAUUAGGUUUGAGUUUGGCACCACUGGUGGUGAAUGUGGAUCCAAAUGUAAAUGUCAUAUUAACAGCUUGCCUUACUGUCUUUGUGGGUUGCUGCCGUUCUGUCAAACCUACUCCUCCUUCGGAAACCAUGUCUAAUGAACACGCAAUGAGGUUCCCCUUAGUUGGAAGUGCAAUGCUCUUGUCAUUGUUCUUGCUUUUCAAAUUUCUGUCAAAAGACCUGGUUAAUGCUGUAUUGACGUGCUACUUCUUCGUACUUGGAAUUGCUGCACUUUCUGCGACGUUGUUACCUGCUAUUAAACGUUUCUUGCCAAAAAAGUGGAAUGAUGAUCUCAUAAUAUGGCAUCUCCCAUAUUUCCGCUCUGUGGAGAUUGAGUUCACAAGGUCUCAGAUUGUUUCUUCAAUUCCUGGAACCAUUUUCUGUGUAUGGUAUGCUAAACAGAAGCAUUGGCUAGCUAACAACGUUUUGGGCCUUGCCUUUUGCAUUCAGGGAAUUGAAAUGCUUUCACUUGGAUCAUUUAAGACUGGUGCCAUACUAUUGGCAGGGCUUUUUGUGUAUGACAUCUUCUGGGUCUUUUUUACCCCGGUGAUGGUCAGUGUUGCCAAAUCUUUUGAUGCUCCUAUCAAGCUUUUGUUCCCCACAGCGGAUGCUAAACGCCCCUUCUCAAUGCUGGGUCUUGGAGAUAUAGUCAUCCCAGGCAUUUUUGUUGCAUUGGCCCUCCGUUUUGAUGUCUCCAGGGGGAAGGAACCCCAAUACUUCAAGAGUGCAUUUUUAGGAUAUACUUUUGGUUUGGCACUCACAAUAUUUGUUAUGAACUGGUUCCAAGCUGCACAGCCUGCUCUGCUAUACAUUGUUCCAGCUGUAAUUGGAUUCUUGGCAGUACACUGCAUAUGGAACGGGGAUGUGAAGCCUUUGUUGGAGUUUGAUGAGGGAAAGACGAAAGGCGCUGAAGAAGCUGAUGCCAAAGAAAGCAAGAAGGUAGAAUGAGGCUAAGUAGGCAGACUGACAUUAAAGAGAUGAUAGGCAAUGUAUGGCCAUGGAUUAAUAGUCGACUGAGGCAGCAGAGAUUGUUGGUUUAGCAACAAAGUUUGUUGUAUUAGAUUUUUGAGACUGACCAUCAAUAGUACUUGCCUUUUUAUGUUAUACCUUAAAUUGAUAUCAUUAAAUCUCAAUUUUUACGUUUCGGUUUC